CGGAGGAACCGGCUCCUUCCCACGCCUGAUCCCGAGCGGGCGGAAUUCCGGAAUUCCCUUCCCAAAAAUUCGGUCACCUCAUCCCUCCAAGCCGCUCCGGAGGGAGGGAAUUGCAGCUCACAGAGCCGGAAGAGAGCGGAGGAUCCCAACUGAUCCCAGCUUGGAAUUUUAUGGGAUUUUUACGGGAUCAGCUCCUUUUCCUGCCGUGACCGGGAUCUCUCGGCAUGCUCUGAUCCCAUAAAGCCACAUUUCUCGGGAAUCACCCCUCAUGGAAUUCCGCCCGGGCCAAGCCGGACUGCUCUCCCUCCUCCUCAUGGCCGCGCUGAGCCGCCGAUCCCUGGAAAAAUCCCUCCCCGCGGGAUACCGGGAGCACGAGGAUCCCCGGGAGAGCCCGGGCUUGAUCCAGUGCGGGGAAUACAGCAACCAGGUGCUUCCCAACGGGAGGUGCCGGAUCGUGGCCACGCUGCCGCAGGGGGACGAGCAGCGCUGCCCCGACCUGUUCCGCUGCACCGACGAGGUCUCCUACUGGCUCCACGAGAACGAGGAGCGCAAGCAGCAGAUCCUGGAGCUGCGGGAGCUGAUCUCCGAGCUCCAGGAGGAGCUGAGGAACCACCGGCACCGCGUCAAGGCGCUGGAGAUACAGCAGGAGGAGGCGGCGGGGCGGAACCAGAGCCUGGCGCAGCGGGUGCAGGACCUGGAGCAGCAUUCCCGGGAAUCCAGCACGCUGCAGCACAUCCAGGCCACGCUGCUCUACGACAUCCAGGCGCAGAUCAACAACAUCUCGGCCCUGGCCGACUGGGCCUGGCGCAGCCCCCGCGGCUGCCUGCACCCCGCCGACAUCCGCGCCCAGGAGGAGGUGCAGCACCCAGGGAUCAAACACGGCCGGAAUUGUCCCAUCGACUGCGCCUCCGUCUACUACAACGGGCUGCGGAGAUCCGGGAUUUACAGCAUCCUGCCCUCGGUCCGCGGCGUUCCCUUCGAGGUCCUGUGCGAGAUGGACACCGAAGGGGGUGGCUGGACCGUCAUCCAGAGGCGCCAGGACGGAUCCGUGGAUUUCAACCGGACCUGGAACGAGUACAAGGAAGGAUUCGGGGACCUCAACGGGGAAUUCUGGCUGGGGAACGACAACAUCCACAGGAUCACGAGCCAAGGGGAUUAUUCCCUACGGAUCGACCUGGAAGAUUGGAAUAACAAACACAAACACGCCUUCUACCAGGCCUUCAGCAUCGAGGACGAGGAAAACUUCUACCGGCUCCACGUGGACGGAUUCAGCGGCACCGUGGAGGAUUCCUUCGCCUGGUACCACGACAAGAGGAGCUUCAGCACCCCGGAUUCCGGGAAUAUCUGCGCCGAGAUUUCCCACGGGGGCUGGUGGUACCACCAGUGCUUCUUCUCCAACCUCAACGGCGUUUACUACAAGGGCGGCCGAUAUUCCAUUAAAAACCGGAAGAUGCUGGGCCCGGAUGGGAUCGUCUGGUAUUCCUGGAAGGACACGGACUAUUAUUCCCUACGGAAGGUGGUCAUGAUGAUCCGACCCCGCACAUUCCGGCCCCACCUCUCCCCGUGACGCCUCCCGGGAUAUUCCCCAUUUCCACAUCCCAUGGAUCGCUGGGAAUGGAGGGAGGGCUGGGAAUAGCGCAGGAAAACGGAUUCUGGAAGGACUGCUGGAUUUUGUGGGAAUUAUCCGAGUCCUCCAUCUUGGGAGAUAUCCCGGGAAUGUGGAUGUGAUUCCUGGGAAGGGCAUUCCCAAGGCUUAAUCCAGUUGUUGGGACGAUGGGAAUCAGCUCCAGGUUGAUCCACGUGGAGUUCCGUGGCCGCCAAACCAAUGGAAUUUCCCAAGGGAAGCAAUGGAAGCGAUCCAGGCAGAAUUUUUCCACGCGGGAUUUGAUGGAGCGGCUUUUAUUCCCGAGGAUUUGCAUCCCAUUCCCAAAGAUCCCGAAGAUCCACAACCUCAGGGAUGCAGGGAAUUGGCUCUGAGGGAAGCCCGGAAAUCCAGAGUGCAUUCCCAGACAUAGAAUCACAGGAAAUCCAGGAAGGAUUGUGUUCCACACCUGGAUAUCAACCUCUGGGAAUAAAAACAUUCCAAAUGAAAGGAUUCCAAAACAAAAAAAAAAAAACAGACUGGGAAGUUUUCCGUUUCUCCUUCCAUUUUCACCUUCCCGCCCUUUCUCUGGCAAAGAAUUCCAGAUGGAUUUUCCAUCCAUCCUAAAGAAGGGAUCAGCAAUGAUCAGACGCGAUUCAAAAUCCAUUUUUUCACUGCCUUACU